AUGGCCUCUGACGACUCUAACCCGGGCACCCGCACCCCGACCAACAAGCUCCCAACCCACAUUCCUCACUUUGACGGAUCCGAACUAUCCCCACCGGGCUCUCAACCCCAGAGCAGCGUCUUUGAAGGUCCCGGAAAGUCUUACGGCCCCGGCGGGCCAAUCGCUUCGCCAUUGGGAGCCCAGGCUCUUCUCCCGCAGGGCGAUCAGCAAGCACCAUCGGUGGCGUCAUGGAUGACCAAGCGAGCUGAAGAGGAAUAUCAACGAGCACUUGAGUUUAUCGUCGAUCAGGACUUCAGCUUGGAGGAGUUCGGCGACCCGUUUGAUGACAGCGAUAUGAAGGAGGGAGCUUGA